GAUUCGAAAAUGGCGAAUCGCACAGUGAAAGACGCUCACUCGGUAAAAGGAACAAAUCCUCAGUAUUUAGUAGAGAAAAUCAUCCGUACACGCAUCUACGAUGCGCAGUAUUGGAAGGAACAGUGUUUUGCGCUAUCUGCCGAGCUUCUCGUUGACAAGGCGAUGGAGCUGCGUUACGUCGGCGGCGUGUUCGGCGGCAACAUCAAGCCGACGCCGUUCCUCUGCCUCCUGCUGAAGAUGCUGCAGAUUCAGCCGGAGAAGGACAUCAUCAUCGAAUUCAUCAAGAACGAGGACUUCAAAUACGUUCGAGCUCUGGGGGCAGUCUACAUGAGAUUGACUGGAUCCUCUCUGGACGUCUUCAAGUAUCUGGAACCGCUGCUGAACGACUACAGGAAGAUGAGACGCCAGAACAGACAGGGAGAGUUUGAGUUGCUGCACGUGGAUGAAUUCAUAGAUGAACUGCUGCGAGAGGACAGGUCAUGUGACGUAAUACUCCCUCAUAUACAGAAGCGACAGAUCCUGGAGGAGACAGAGCAGCUGGAGAUGCGAGUCAGUGCGCUGGAGGAUGACCUUGACAUGGAGUCUGACGAGGAGGAAGAGGAGGAGGUGGUGAAGGAGAAGCGUCCGGAGCCGGAACCUCCCAGCAGAGGGCACCGUGAUUGGGACCGCCCCCGCCGGUCGCCCUCCCCGCGAUUCCGUGGCCGCCCCGCCCCCAGAAGGAAGCGAGGCGGCGGUGGCGGUGGCGGCGGCGUCGGCGGCAGGAAGAUGAAGCGGGAGCGGUCCCGGGAGAGGGACCGUCGCGGCGGCGGCGGCAGCAGCAGGGGGAUCGCUCCCGACAUCCAGGAAGCUAACGAACUUCGCGCACGACUCGGCAUGGCGCCGCUGCGCCCGUGA